GAGGGCUAUGAAACCAUCAGAAAAAAAACAUGGAUGCGUAUGCUUGCAGAUUGGCCAAUGGACACCACUAUAUAUACGACUCUAAUCGACGCAGCGUAUUCCUUCCCAGCAUUCGCAUUAAAAGGAUCACGGAAGAUGGAUUACAUCAAGAAGUAAUUCCGAUAUCUCCUCAAGUAGAUUAGGGUUUCUUUCCCGAUUCCAUUUUCGUUCUCCUUUCAUCAACUUGAUCCAAUUCUCGACCCUUAACUUCUCCUAUGCGUUUCCCUUCUUCCUGAACCCGAUCUAAUGAUCCCCCAGACGGGCGGUUUUCGUUCUCCUCCUCGUCAUCGGGAGUAGUUCGGGCUCAAAAAAUCGCCGGCGAAGUCGAGAUUGGGUUGUUUGCCGAGGGGCUGUAAGCUGCAGGAAAAUUGGCGCCGCUGCGGAGAUCACAGCGCCACAUGGGUGGUGGCCAGAUACAGCAGGGCAAAGCCUCGGCGGCGGCGACUGCAGUGUAUGACCACCAUCAUGGCGCAGUUCCCGGUGGGGACGCAGGCGACGCGAUAAUGGCGCGGUGGCUACAGUCGGCCGGGCUGCAGCACCUCGCUUCGCCGCUAGCGUCUGCUGACCAGAGAUUGCUGCCGAAUCUUCUCAUGCAGGGCUAUGGACCUCAAUCUGCUGAGGAGAAGCAGAGGCUCUUGAAACUGUUAAGAAAUUUGAAUUUCAGUGGUGAAUCUGGAUCGGAACUUUAUGCUCAAACGAAUACGCAUGGUUUUGGUACAACUGUUCCAACAGAUGGCUUUUAUUCACCUGAGCUCAGAGGUGAAUUUGGAGCUGGUCUUUUAGAUCUUCAUUCCAUGGAUGAUAUGGAACUCCUUUCUGAGCAUGUAAUGUCAGAAGAACCAUUUGAGACAUCACCAUUCAUACCUGCUCAGGGAUUUGAUGAUGACUUCGAAGCAAUAUCAAUUAAGCAACAAGGUCCAUCUGAAGGCAAUAUUAAAGCAUCAUCUAAUGAUGAAGAAACUAGUGCUAGGGAGAACAAUGUUGCCAAGAUCAAAGUAGUGGUUCGUAAAAGACCUCUUAACAAGAAGGAGAUUUCUAGAAAGGAAGAAGAUAUUGUAACAGUACAUGAAAAUGCAUAUUUAACUGUUCAUGAGCCUAAGUUAAAGGUGGACUUGACGGCAUAUGUUGAAAAACAUGAAUUUUGCUUUGAUGCUGUUAUUGAUGAACAUGUCACUAAUGAUGAGGUGUAUCGCGUAACUGUUGAACCCAUAAUACCAACUAUCUUUAAGCAUACAAAAGCCACUUGCUUUGCAUAUGGUCAAACAGGAAGUGGUAAGACAUAUACAAUGAAACCAUUACCUCUCCGUGCUGCUGAAGAUAUUGUUCGGCUGUUGCGCCAGCCAAACUAUGUUAACCAGAGGUUUAAACUGUGGCUUAGCUAUUUUGAGAUCUAUGGAGGGAAGCUUUUUGAUCUUCUCAGCGAUAGGAGGAAACUCUGCAUGAGGGAAGACGGCAGGCAACAAGUUUGCAUAGUAGGAUUACAAGAAUUUGAGGUUUCAGAUGUACGUAUAGUUAAUGAAUUUAUUGAAAAAGGAAAUGCUGCACGAAGUACAGGCUCCACUGGAGCAAAUGAAGAAUCAUCAAGGUCUCAUGCUAUUUUACAACUUGCCAUUAAGAAGCAUAAAGAUAUUAUUGACACGAGAAGGCAAAAUGAUUCCAAUGAAGCCAAGACUGGGAAGGUGAUUGGGAAGAUCUCUUUUAUUGAUCUUGCUGGAAGCGAGCGAGGUGCAGAUACAACUGAUAAUGAUCGUCAGACACGGAUUGAAGGAGCAGAAAUAAACAAGAGCCUUUUGGCUUUAAAAGAAUGUAUCCGUGCGCUUGAUAAUGAUCAAAUCCACAUCCCUUUUAGAGGAAGUAAACUUACAGAAGUCCUUCGUGACUCCUUUGUUGGAAAUUCAAAGACGGUUAUGAUUUCCUGCAUCUCUCCCAACGCUGGUUCCUGUGAGCAUACCCUAAAUACUCUCAGAUAUGCUGAUAGGGUUAAAAGCCUCUCAAAGGGUGGAAACUCUAAAAAGGACCAAGCUUCUGUUCCAUCAAUACCAUCCGCUAAGGAAUCUUUGUCAACCUCAUCCUUCGCCUUCGCAGAUGAAACAGAACUUGUUGAAGCACCUAGAAGGAAUGUAGAAUCCUUUGCAUAUAAUUCUACUACAGUUACUGACAGGAACACAGCUGGUUCAGUACCAAGCUACACAUAUAACGGUAGGGAAGACUGGACAUCUGGUUUGCCAUCGGAGAGGGAAAAGAUAGAGGCUAAGGUAGCCUAUGGUUCUUCCUCAAGUCAUCAAUUAUAUUCUUCAGUACAGAACUCUUUCAGUGGUCAGGAUGAAGAAAAGGUAACAAAGGUCUCUCCGCCACGAAGAAAAGCCCCUAGAGAAGAAAAAAUAGAAAAAAAUAUGGGUUGGUCUAGAAAAAAUAUUUCUGAUGGGCAGACCAGAAGCAAUAAGCAACAAAAUGAACAGGAAGCUCCAUUCAGCGAUGGAGAAAUUAGUGCAUUGCUAGAGGAGGAAGAGGCUUUAAUAGCAGCUCAUAGAAAAGAAAUUGAAAAUACGAUGGAAAUUGUUCGGGAGGAGAUGAAUUUGUUGGAAGAGGUGGACCGACCGGGAAGCCAAAUUGACAACUAUGUUUCACAGCUCAGCUUCCUCCUCUCGCGCAAGGCUGCCGGAUUGGUCAGCCUGCAAGCUCGCCUCGCCAGAUUCCAGCACCGCCUGAAAGAGCACGAGAUACUCAGUCGCAAGAAAGGUUCGAGACAAUGAUCCCUGUGAGCUCUCUCUAUUGUAUCUUCUAAGAAACAUCCUUCCUUCUCUCUUUACUUCUGUUGUAUCCUCUUUUCCUGAUUGUGUCAUUGCCAAAGAUUUCUCAUUCUUGAAAUUGUACAAUUUUGGCAAUGCUGUGUGAUUGAUUUACCAGUCUAUUUGAUCUGUGGCCCUCUUUUAGCUUUUGGUGUGUUGGGGAGUGAAGGCUUGGUCUUUCAGAAUGAAAGAAGAAGAAUGUAUGGGUGAUAGAGAUGAUAUUUUGUGUU